AUGAUGCGAGAUGUAAAGACCAGAGCAACGGGACUACAUAAAGAGGGCGCCUCACGUCAGCAUUUUCAAGCAAGUGAUCAGUACGACAGGCGAGCAGGUGUUCAAGACUGGACCUGCGAUUUCGACCUGUCCGCUUCUGAGAACGACUCCAACCAUCAAACAUCUAGCCAUGGGCAGAUACAUGUACCUUCUGAAAUUGUCGGCAAGCAGGCAAAGGUUCGUGCCGCCGCGAAGCUCCUAAGAGAUUUUGCUGAGGUGGUUACGCAAUUCGAAGCUCUCCAUAUCAGAGCCGAAAUUCCGUACGCUCCAGGAGCUACAGCUAGCCUUACAAGAGGCGAAAUAGAAGGAACACUCUUACUGGCGCGUAUAAGGGAUGGAGGGACUACCGCUGUGUUGCGGUAUCCAGAGCCUACGGUUCAGCACUGCACUAGUUCCGGGGUUCAGUCACCAGAUUACGAACCUUCCGACAGAAAGAUUGAUCUCGAUUAUACGGUUUUGGGGCAUGUGAUGCAACAGGCCAGAGCCCUCGUAGGCGGAGAGAAUGCAGUAUAA